UCCCCACCCUGACCGAAGGCAUUUCUGACCUGAGAGUUCAGGGAUAUGAUCUCAGAUAGAAAGUGCUCCUGACCUAGACUAGCUCCAUGGCUAGUCAGGGUACCGACCAGACAGAUGAAGUCAAGCAGGCCCCAUCAGGUGACCGAGAGCCAGCAACAGGGGUCCCAACUAAUUCAUCCCUGGAUCCAAAGUUGGAUUCAAGGGAGAUUUUGGGGACCUGCAGUGACCAAGCCAUAAGCCAAGAUCCAGGCCCCCAAGACAACCCGCGACCACAGGACCCAAACCAAGGCAUCGUCCACGUGGAAGAAAACCACCACCUUCUCGGGCUCUCCUUCCCAAGAAAGCUUUGGAUGGUAGCUGAGGACGACGCCUUCACGUCCGUGCGCUGGAAUGACGAGGGAGACACCGUGAUCAUUGAAGAGGAUCUUUUCCAGAGGGAGAUUCUUCAACGGAGAGGCCCAGGGAGAAUUUUUGAAACAGACAGCUUGAAGAGUUUUAUCCGCCAACUGAAUCUCUACGGCUUCAGCAAAAUACGUCCAAACGACCCUUCGGUUCACUCUCCAGGGAACAAGAGAAUGAUGAUGUACCGUAACUCCAACUUUCAGAGAAAUAAGCCUCUGCUCAUUGAGAACAUUCGGAGAAGAGGCAACCUGAGAAUUACCACUCAGCCAGGGGCCAGCGCAACAACUCCAAAGAGAAAGAAGCAGGUAGAAGCUACGAGGCGCUCCCCACGAAUCCAUCGCAAUGAACCCACCAAAGAAAGUGUAGCAGGACAUGCCACAGAAAAUCGUCACCCAAGUGAGCCAGGCAGCCCAAGUGGGGAGGGCACAUCCAGGAAUGUUCUGUUUGUGCCCCUGGCUACUGCCGGGGGAGACGGUGCAGAGGAACCACCCACCAGCCCCCCAGAUUACCCCAAUUAUGAUUCGGUGAUGUCCUUAUACAACACCUGUUAUUCCAUCCUGCUGGCUUCCCUCUCAGAGAUGGCUCCACAUGAGGUCCCUGAUGAGGACGAGCAGCAGGAAGGCUCCUCAGAUUACAAGUGUUCACUUUGUGAGCGCUUCAAGGACAAUCCAGGUCCCUAA